UAGAAAAAUACUUUACUACGUUAGUUCUGCAACUCUGUCAUUGUCAGUUGGAUAAUGUCUUCAAAUCUAUCUAAUAUCAUUAUGUUGGGCUCUUAGUCUUAUUUCUUAGGCCAGCAAGUUUUGCCCAGUUAUCCUUUCCAAUAGGAUCAAUAUACGAGACUGUGAGAUUUAUUGUUUCGUUUGAUGUACUCUCUAUAAAACAAAGACAAAAAUGAAUUUCAGCACCGCAGAUAUUUGUGAGAAUACCAAGAUGGGACGAGAGUUUGCACUCUUGGGUAACUACGAAACAGCACUUGUUUACUACGAAGGUGUUGUUGAGCAACUUCAUCGACUUCUUCAAACAAUUAAUGACCCAGGAAGGAAAGAAAAAUGGCAAAAGAUCCAACAACAGAUAAUCCAAGAAUAUGAACAGGUUAAAGACAUUCAAGACAUAUUAAAUGGUUUCAAAUCAGAUAGCCACUGUGAUCGACCUACUACUGCACAAAUGAAUUAUGAUGACGUUCCAAGUGAUCAAAUUGUAUGGUCCUCUCCUACUUCUAAAGACCCAGAAGUAUGGCCCUCACCAACACCCGUUGAGCACAAACCUGGCCCACCAGUUCGAUCAACUCGUGGUGGCAGAAGAAGUGAAGCAGCCAAGGCAUCUAAUGUUUCUAAGGUUGGAAACAGCAGCAGAGCUGUGGUAUCGAAGAGAGGAGACAAUAAAAGUGUAAAACGAGAAGAUAAAUCCAAGAAAGAAGGAAAGAAAGAUGAAGCUAAAGAACAGAUGGAACAAGAUGAAAAGAAGUUUGAUACAUCUGGAUACGACAAGGAUUUGGUUGAAAUGUUGGAACGGGAUAUUCUUCAGAAAAAUCCUAAUGUUCACUGGGAUGAUAUUGCUGAUUUAGAAGAAGCAAAAAGACUAUUGGAAGAAGCAGUAGUCUUACCCAUGUGGAUGCCAGAUUUUUUCAAAGGAAUUCGUAGACCCUGGAAGGGAGUUCUCAUGGUUGGACCACCAGGAACAGGUAAAACGAUGCUAGCUAAGGCUGUAGCUACAGAGUGUCAGACCACUUUCUUCAACGUUUCUUCUUCAACACUAACAUCCAAGUACAGAGGAGAGUCAGAGAAGCUUGUACGAGUUCUGUUUGAGAUGGCCCGUUUUUAUGCUCCCAGCACAAUCUUUGUUGAUGAAAUUGACUCCUUGUGCUCGCGUAGAGGUACAGAUUCUGAACACGAGGCAAGUCGACGUGUGAAAUCUGAACUACUGGUUCAAAUGGAUGGAAUUACAAAUAGUGAAGAUCCCAGCAAGGUUGUGAUGGUGUUAGCAGCAACCAAUUUUCCGUGGGAUAUUGAUGAAGCCUUAAGAAGACGACUCGAGAAAAGAAUUUAUAUUCCUCUACCUACUAUGGAAGGUCGUGAAGCUCUCUUGAGAAUCAACUUAAAGGAAGUGGAAGUGAUGGAAGACCUGGAUAUAACUGAAGUUGCAAGAAAACUGGAUGGAUAUUCUGGUGCUGAUAUCACAAAUGUUUGUCGCGAUGCUUCAAUGAUGGCUAUGAGGAGGAAGAUUUCUGGUCUCACUCCAGAAGAAAUCCGCAACUUGCCCAAGGAAGAGUUAGAGCUCCCAGUGAGCCCAGAAGAUUUUGAAGAAGCCAUGAGAAAAAUCAACAAGUCAGUCAGUAAACAUGACUUAGAAAAGUAUGUAGAAUGGAUGGCUGAGUUUGGAUCCAUCUAACUUCAGAACAUCAUCAUUAUUACUGUUAUAUGAAUUAUAAUUCCACAACAUUGCCAUAACUAGUGGCAUGUGUCUUCCAGCCUGUUGAAAGAGGUCAUCAUACUAUCAUGUGUUUGCAGGCUAGUACCAUAAUUAAUUCCAUGUGAUUUAAGGACAUCGCCGUAAUUAAUGCCAUGUUCAGUGCACAUCUAAGAUAGUAUCAGUAUUACUUUGAUGAACCAAAUAUUUCUGGAGCAUGAAUGUGAUUAGAAACUUGUGUUGUAUACUUAAGGACACAAAAAUAAUGAAUGUUAUGUGCAAUAUAUUUCUAGAAUAUCACUAUAAUUAUCUUUGUACUAGGCUAUUUGUCAUAUGCCAGAAAGAUAAAUGUAGAAGCAAAUGCCAAAAAACAGAAAAAGGUAUAAAUUUCAAAUAUAUAUAUAUAUAUAUUCUGAUAAAAUUGUUUAGUUUGUACUUUAGCACUCAAAUUUUUAUUAUUAAGCAGUUGUGAGUCAAAGAUAGAUUUACUUCUCGUACAUAAUAUAUUUAUCGAAAUUGAAUACCUAAAGUAUAGUGGAAUGUUUGUGGUAGUUUUGGGAAUAACCUAAACACCACUUCCUGUAAUUUUGUUAAUGCUUCAGUUGUACUUCAGAUUUUUGUAAUGAAGAAUACUGAAUAUUAAAGUUAUUGGAUUAUGUUUGAUGAUUA